AUGCCUGGCAUUUGUUCCUCUAAAGAUUUGCCUGUAUGCCUCAUGGGCACCGCAGGCGAGCCUCGCUGCUCUGAGCUCUUGCAGCUUUCGCCACACCAGGGCACGGCCGGGCAGGGCGUACUGAUUCACGGCCGACUCCUGGGCUUUCUCCGCGUCUACGCGCACGUGCUGCGGCAGGGCUCCGCCACGAGCUUCGGACGGUGGGACUAUCGAGACCACAAGAGCUCUACAGCGCAUCUCUUGAUUUCCGCCUCUCAGCGCCUGGCACGGCAAGAGGCUCAGGCGCAACGCGCGGCACGGCUGGAGCGGCGAGGGCGCUCCUCGGAGCGUGAGCAGCUGGAACAGCUGAGGUUUCAAGCGACACUGCGCAUCCGUGACAUCCAAGCAUGUGCUUUGGUGAAGUCCUGGAAUCAGCAUUUAAGCACUGCUGCGCUACCGCACUUGUCUCGUUGGGAGCUGCAACGCCUCCGCAACCUGAGCCGAGCGACUCGGACCAAGCAGCUUGGCAGUGGUUGGCAGAAGCUGGAGCACUUCUGCGUGCGCGAUCGCAGCACAGCCACCGACUUCCACUCGCCUUACAUCCCUGCCUCCAUCCUGACGGGUCGGAGACUGGAGCUGAUCUUCGUCGAGGAGCAGGAGGAGAGUGAGUCCCGUCAGCGGCUGCGGGACUUUUGGGAUGUGUCGCACAGGUUCAUAGCUCGUGGCGUUCGGCUAUCGGAGUUCCUCGAGAUCCUUGAGAAUGCCGAGGAGCACUGGCCUGGCCUCACGCGCUUCGUGCACGAUGGACACUCACAGAGUCAGCGGUGUCCGGACUGUGCGAACAUUGGUCACUUCCUGGUGGAUGAUAUGCUGAUUGAUCUCGUGGCCUUCCUGCAGACUCGUAAUUUGCCCGUGGAACGCACCGUGGCCAACUUGCAGAGUAACCUCGGCGCCUACGACGUGAAGCGCUUUGAGGAGGACUUCAUCCGCAGCAUCUUUGAGUCGCCCACCACCUUCAUGGCUGUGGAUGAGACCCACUGCUUUGAGGCCGCCAUCGUGAGCGCCCACCCCUUUCAGCGCCAGGAGAGCUACGAGGCUUUGCUGGUGCAAGGGGCGGCCGGGGCACGUUAUUCGCCCGAAGGCACCUUCAGACAGGUGCGGGCUCACUGGCACCUGGCUGCACAAGUGGGUGAGCGCUGGUCGACACGCGAGCGCUGGUCUCCGAUCCUGCUGGAUGCCAGGCCCAAAGCCUCCAGGCGAACCUGGGCCAAUGCCAAGGAGCUGGGCGCGCUGCUGGGCGCGGAGGUCUUCGAUUUCACCGGGCUGCGCUGGACCGAGCGCGUGCACGCCUUGGCGGCCGCGCAGGUCUACAUCGGUGGCUAUGGUGGACAGGUCUUUCAACUCCUGGCGAUGCAGGAGAACUCUUUAGCGAUCGUCCUGGCCUGCAAGGUCUUGAAAGUCCAUUGGCAUGCGACCUUUUUCUUCCGACUCUUAAAGCUCUCCGGUUUGCAGCUGCACUGGAUGGAACCCGAGGGCUGCUUGCCACUCCCGUCGCACCUGCAGCUGAACGCCUCCGCGCGCAGCCGCUUUGCCGCGCUCAGGCUGCCGCGGGAGGCGCAUCCCGUGCAACGCUUGGGCGUGGCUUCGCAGACGGUGGUCCAACACCAGGGCGUGCUGUGCGCGUUCCGAGCGCCGGUCAAAACGCCGCUUUCAGAAGCUGAUUGGAUGGCAGAGGUGGCUGUGAGCCCUUUAGCUUUGGAAGUGCUUUCCUCAGGCUUUGAGCAAGCCCUCCGCCGCUGUGUGGAAUGGUAUAACGACUGCGAAGUGCUGGUGCCUGCCGGGCCCACCGUCCACACGUGGGCUUUGUUCACGACGGUCCGACACUCAGAUUACCUCAAGGUGCCCCGUGAUGAACUGGCAUUGAAGAUUGGUUGUGUCUUGAAGAAGGACGAGGAGGGUGGAACUCCAAGAUACGAGCUCGAGGACACGUCCACGGAGAAGGUCUAUGACCACCUGAUGAUCAACGUGAGCACCUCUCCCAGCACCAUGGAAGAGAUCCGUCAGCUCGUCCUGGAGCAUCAGAAGUCUCCGGCACGGAAGCCUCCGCCAACCAUGGCCAUGGAUCGCUUAGCCGUGGAGCAACGUUUGGCGAGCAGCUUCGCACCCGGGCCCUACCUCAGCUUUCAUGACUAUGGACGAGCCGAGGAGGACGGGGCCUCCGAGCCGUGA